CUUCUGUCGCGUUCAGUGGUUCAAUUGGUGUUACGGUAUUUAAAUGAAUGGAUUUAUUUCGCUGUAUGAAGAGUGUUUUUAUGAAGUUGUGAAUGAUAAUUAUUGUCGAAAUUAUCGCCUUUCCUUUAUCUAAAAUUAGUGGUGUGAUUAUUAGUGAAUAAAAGGUUGAAUUGAUUGAAAAUAACGUGCGUAUGUGGACAAAAUUGUGUUAUAUUAUUUCAACUUCGCCGGCUUGUUGUGGUUCCUACAAUCUUUGAUUUGAUAGAUGCCAACAAUGUAGCCUCUGCGAGUUUUACAUUCAGUGAAAAGUGAAGUCUAUCGCCGAACAAUCCGACAGCACUAUUUUGAAAAGUUCGACGCGUCGCAAUGCAAAAUGCGCGCGCGUGAUUGGUUCGAGCGUUCAGCGUAUCAGUGAUUAGUGAUGUGCGGUGCAGAUAGUGGUUAUCGAUAGUGGUUAAAAUGGCGACGAUGGAUUUGACUAACGAGGUGGUGCGGUUGCGCGCCGAACUCGAGAAGGUCUCGACGGAGCGCGACAUGCUUCUGUGCGAGGUGUCGAAUCUGCGGAGGGAAUUGGAAUUGAGCGAGUUGAAACACUUACAAGAUGACGGCUUCUCCCAAAAAGUCGAUGAGGAGGAGAACAGCAGCGGCGUGACGCUGAACCCACCAGACGGGUUCUACUCGCAUCAGCACAGCAUACACAGCGGCCACCAUGGCCACCACGCGGAGCCGGACCGCGGGUACAUGGACGGCAACCGGUACGUCACGGCGGUGCAUCGCCCCAUGCCCGCAUUAAACCACUCCAACUCGUCAUGCUCCUCCGCGUCCAACGCGUCCACCGGUGCGGGGCUCUGCGCAGGAGCCGCGGAGCCGGCGCCGCCGCUGUACAUCGCAGCACCGCCAGAGGGGUUCGGCCUCGCUGUGCACACGAACAGGCGAGGCACAGACGUUGGGAUCAUUGGCAGUACGGGAAUAACGCAAAAAGAUACAAGUUUACCCCAAAAAAGGGGAAAACUGACACGAGGCCGUUAUGAAAUGUCGCAAGAUCUACUGGACAAGCAAGUUGAAAUCUUAGAGAGACGGUACGGAGGUUUGCGCGCGCGUCGUGCGGCCGUCACCAUACAAAGGGCGUUCCGACGUCGGCAAUUGUUGAAGAAGUUUAGCGCCAUCACUGCUAUGGCCAAGGCGGCUGAUUCGAAUGCAAGACGGAUGCAGGAUGGCGAGCAUUUGAUGGUUAACGGUAACGACAUCUACGCCAACACGAUGCUGCAAAAGAGCCCAGCUGGAUCGGAAAAGAUGCUGGCUCUCACCAGACCGAUGCGGUCCAUGUCGCUUAGGGAGCGCCAUGAUGUUGAUAUGGGAAACCAAAACGACGUAGACGCGAUGGUGGCCCGCGUCCAACAGUCCGCGCACCAAAUACACAUGAUCGCGAGUGAGAUACCCCACCACAGGGGCGACGCUGAUAGUGGAGUGUGCAGUUGCUCUGUGAGCGGCUCGGUGACUAAUAUAUCGACGUCAUCAUCACACAAUGAAUCUCUACAUAAUCACCAAUUAUUAAAUAAUUCAGGUCCCAUAUACGGAAACCUCCUAUCAUCAGGGGGUAAGCCACUGUCGUCACCAACAGCCCGACAGCAGCAGCAGCUGGCGGCGAUACAGGCGGCCAACGCGAGGCGGUUUCCGCCAGAAGUGCCCAAACGGACCAGCAGUAUUACCCUCAAUGCGGAGAGUCCAGUAUCGCUCCGGCGUGCGGAGUGCGGCGCAGUUGUGCGCGGCGGGUCCAUGUCCUCCGUGCAGUCCUCCUCGUCGAGCUCGUCGCAAGAGCAUAGGCACCAUUACCACCAGCCGUAUCAGCCACGGCAUCAGGAGCCGCACGUGCACCUGGCGGAGCAGCAGUUCCAGCACGCGCGCACAGCAUCGGGCUCGCUGUACGAGGGCGAGCGCUACGCGGUGUGGAAGCGGCAGGACGCGCCGCCGUACUGCGACGCGCCGCCCGCCGCCUGCUGCCGCCCCGCGCACGAGCCGCCGCUCAAGGUCUCAGAAACAGUCCGCAAGCGGCAAUACCGCGUGGGCUUGAACCUUUUCAACAAGAAACCAGAGCGAGGUAUUGCUUACCUGAUAUCGCGAGGCUUUCUGGAGAAUUCGCCGCGAGGCGUCGCUCGGUUCCUCAUCACGAGGAAGGGCUUGAGCAAGCAGAUGAUCGGCGAGUACUUGGGCAAUCUGCAGAGUCCCUUCAAUAUGGCGGUACUAGAAUGCUUCGUGAACGAGCUAGACCUGUCCGGUAUGGCGGUAGAUGUCGCUCUACGGCGGUACCAAGCGCACUUCCGACUUCCAGGAGAAGCGCAGAAGAUCGAACGUCUGGUCGAGGCGUUCGCGAGGCGGUACUGCGUGUGCAAUACCGACUUUGUUCAACGGCUGAGGACGCAGGACACGAUAUUCGUCCUAGCGUUCGCAAUAAUAAUGCUAAACACGGAUCUUCACACACCAAACUUGAAACCCGAAGCGCGUAUGUCGCUGGACGACUUCGUGCGAAAUCUGCGCGGUAUCGACGAUUGUGGAGACAUUGACCGGGAUAUGUUGGCCGGGAUAUACGAUAGAGUGAAGGCCAGCGAGUUCAGACCGGGAAGCGACCAUGUGACACAGGUGAUGAAAGUACAAGCGACGAUAGUUGGCAAGAAGCCGCACCUGGCCUUGCCGCACCGGCGGCUGGUGUGCUACUGCCGGCUGUAUGAAAUACCUGACAUACACAAGAAGGAACGACCGGGAGUUCAUCAGAGAGAGGUGUUCCUAUUCAAUGAUCUGCUGGUGAUCACCAAAAUAUUCAGCAAGAAGAAGUCCUCAGUGACGUACACGUUCCGACAGUCGUUCCCGUUAUGCGGGAUGCUUGUUAAUCUGUUCUCUGUGCCACACUACCCGUUCGGCAUACGUCUAUCCCGUCGUGUGGACGGGCGGCGACUGGCCACGUUCAACGCGCGCAACGAGCACGACCGCUGCAAGUUCGCUGAGGAUCUGCGGGAGAGUAUCGCGGAGAUGGACGAGAUGGAGGCCAUGAGGAUCGAGGCUGAGCUGAAUAGGGGCAAGGGACGGAAUACUGGCAACACUGGGCGGAAUGUAAUGGAGAAUCGAGACAGCGGCGUCGCUGACGUGGAAAUUGACCAUCAACAGUGCAUGGAUCAUAUACAUGUUCAUGGCGCGGUACCACCCCCACCCAGUUGUCCCGCGCCAGCCGCGCCGAGAGCACCGCAUCCACCGCCCACUACAGUGAUCAAAAGGAACGUGCUUAGCAAUUCGUUGGUCGAUAUUAAUGAUCCUGUGGCCCUAGCCGCCGAGAGGCUCCAACGUCGCGGGUCGGUGGGCUCGCUGGACAGCGGCAUGUCGGUGUCGUUCCAGCACGGCAGCCGCAACGCACUGCACGCUACAUCACCCCGACACCCGCCCGAGCAGCGCUCGCCUGGUCGUCUGUUUGGAGGCAUAUUCCCGGGCCGUCAACGCAAGCUGAGCGCAUCAGGCAUACCGGACACCAAGAGCCAAGUUGGAAAGAGCACCGAAGUUUAAUCGACUCGCAUUAUCUACUCGGUUUUAAAAUAUCGAUUAUUUAAUCGAUUCCAGAAAUCUCGAUUGUCUCCCGUUCGAGGUUGUGAAGCGUUUCGAAUGCGUUGAUUUUUUCUUAAAUCGAUUAUCAUUCCGAUUUCUUUUGUGCCAUCUUGAAUUCCAUUUUAGGUUUAGGGACAGUUCACUUAAGUGAAAUACAGUUCAUGCGUUCUCUGUCUAACAUAUGUGGGAUUGAGAGUGAUAGAGUAAGAUGGCAUGAUAUUUGACUUCCACUAACGAUGUGAUUAGUUGAAGUUUCAGGGUAUUUGACUGUAGUAAUGGUGCAUUACUUUUUCUGGGCGUAUUAUAAGGCAUUGGGAAGCCAUUGGUCUUAUGGAUAGGUUUGGGUUAAACUUAAUAAAUACUAUGAAUGAAUGGAUAGGAUUUUUCCGAUUUUGACACUUUAAAAUGUGCCAAGUAACAGAUCGUUUAAAGCAUUUUUCGCGUUUUUUAAACUUUAGUGAGUAGAAAAAAAUGUUGAUUCUAUGAACUAACUUUUUCCAUAUAUUUAUUUGAUAGAAGUUGAGGAACAUAUUGACUGAAUAGAAAGUGAAUGAAUCGAGAUCGGGUCCACGUUUUGUGUAGGAAAUUAACGGUAAAUAAAUAACAAAAUAUGUUGAAACGUUUGAUUUUGAUGACCGUUUUCUUGGUAGGGUUAUGGUUAACUUAUACACAGGCAUGUUGUAAUAAUAAACGUAAGGUCUAAAAAUUGCUUAAUUAAAACUUCGUAGGACAAAUUUAAUAAUUCUAUUAAAAAUAUCUUACAAGUUUCAACACUAAAAAAAAACUAUACAUAAUUACUUAUGUAUAUUUAUUAUCUACUGUUUGAUAAAAACAGAAUAAGGGACAAUAUAGAAUUUGGAUAUAAUAUUCAAAAAAUAAACAUCGGUUUAUACAAUAUACAACGGGUUAGCAAAGCAGCGCAAUUUCUUAAAAAGUAAUAAAUAAAAAUUCUAAUGAAUCAAAAUAAUCCAAACUAGUAAUAUGUAAUUUUAUCGCCUUUCAAUCAGUAUACGAGUAUUUAAAUCAAUAUUAAAAUCUACACUCAAACUACCAUUUUUUUU